AUGGUUUCCAAGAAAAUACUAGUUCUUGGAACACCAAACUCAGGAAAACUAACAUUUCUUAAAGAAUUAACUGGAAUCUUACCAGAUAUCUCUUCAGAGACAAGAAAUCAUGCAGGAAUUGUGCAUCAGAUAGAAUUUAAGACAAAAUAUUAUAAUAAAACAGUAGAUAUUUGGAUUGACGAGUUUAAAUAUGAAGAAAUUGAGCAAUGGAUUAAGCCAUAUCUAUCAGAAGAAGCAUCUCAAGUAAGAGAAGUGCUAGGAGCCAUUAUUAUUGUUUUUAAAGGAAGAAAAGAGCCCAAAAUUAAUGAAUAUGUUAUAAAACAAGUAAAAGAAAUCAGACGAAUAGUUGAAGCAUGUGGACCUUUAUGGGAUGGGGUAUUAUUAGUAGUAAAAGUGCCAGAAAAAGAUAAAACAGAGGGUAAUUUAACUAAAUAUAUUGAGGACGAGGCACUUUUAGAUGCCUGUUAUAAUGAGGGAUUUGAAUAUGUUGAUCUUUUGCGUCAAUCUACAAAAGAAUCAAAAGAAGGAAUUGAGAGAGUUAGAGAAGCAUUAGAGGCAUAUGUUUGGGAUGAGAAGCUAUCUGAUUGUAUAGAAGAUUUUUUUAAUGAAAAUAAUGAUGAAAAUAAGAAUGAAAAAGGUAGUGAAAAGGAUAUUGAGGAAUUUGAGAAGCUUGCAUCAAAGAUUAUGGUACUUCGAGAACAAGCAAAUUCACUUCCUCUUUCUGAACGACAGCGUUUUAUUUUGAAUGCGUUAAGGUAA